AAUCGAUCAAUAUCUGCACAGCCAUGUUUUAAGCUUCAAGCCACCUGCAGGACAGCGCCCCCAUCGUGGGAUCAGGCACAUGAUCGUUGCUAACCGCCACGCGCCUCUGGAAUUUCGGAUCCACCAGCCGCCAAGGAUUAUAAAUCGUCGUCCAGCCAAGGGGGAACAAUUCUCCCGGCUCAAAUGUAAUUCGCUCGCAAAGACAACAUCGGAUUUAAGCUUCUUUGACAAUCUGCGUGGCGAAGUGCAUGCGCUAGAUGGGAAAAGGACAUGGAGUCAUUUCAACCGCCACCUAUUCGCUCUGUUGUCGACGCCAAAACCCGCGACGGCCUGAUGUGCUAAUCAAGCCAUCAUUACCUCCCAGCGCUCCCGUCUUCAUUGACACCAGUGACUAUCGAUCUUCCGUCUCGCGAAAAUCAAGUUGGCAGGCCAUUUUCGGUUUUGCUAAGACAUGUUGUGCAAGGAAUGACGCCAAGGGACGUCAGACCCCUGCCGAGAAGGGAGAAAAUGGCGGAGGUGGCCCAAAUACAUAGGCCGUUUGCGGGAGCUGGUGGAUGCCAAGAGCACAGCCCCCUGUCCGCCACUUUGGGCCCAACCACGGGGACACAGGUUGCCGAACCUGUGUGGUCGUUUGUUCAUAUAAUAAAGACCCAAGUUCUUUGCAGGCCCUGUGCGUGCUGGUCGAGUUUGAAAGUCACCUCAUCACCAACAUCAUCACCAUCUCGACGACCGAGACCUUCUGCAAACCGGGACAGCCAACAGACAGACACACCUCGGUCUGAUUCAUCGUGACGCCGCCCAGGUCGAUUGGGCGCGAACCAACCAAUACAGCCAUAGCGUUUCCGCGCUGCACCACCACCAACUAUUCUACGCCGCGAUGAAGGCGACUACGUUCCUCGUCCUGUUCUCCGUCCUGUCGGGCUCUGCCGUGAGCGCCGCCGCGGUGCCCGAAGACUCCCACGCGCACGUCCGCUACUCCAGGACGCCGUCUGUGUUCGACCGAGAUCUGGGCACGACCAAGGACCUAUGGAAGCGCAAAGGCGGCGGUAGGAGCAGCGGCGGCAGCGGUGGAGGCAGCGGUUCUAGUGGAGGGUCUGGAUCAAGAGGUUCGGGUUCUUCUGGCUCUUCGGGUUCUUCAGGUUCAUCUGGCGCGAGGGGUUCCUCAGGCUCAUCAGCUCCCUCGCGAUCACUAUCCAACUCCAACGCUGGCGGCCGCACGGCCCAGGGCAGCGGCCCGCCGCCGCCCUACAGCGCCGGCACCUACUCGGGCGGGGCCAAGGUCCCGCUGCAGGCCGGCAAGUCGUUCCCGGCGACGCGCGUGUUGCCCUUUGUGCUCCUCGGCGGCGCCGCCCUGGCAUUUUGGCCGGGCUGGUACUACGGCGCCCACAUGUACCCGUACCAGAGUCACUGGAACUACCGCAACCGCUCGAGCACGGCCAACAGGAACGAGACCACGUCCCUGCCCGUCAUGUGCGGCUGCGCCGAGUACGCGUCGUGCGCCUGCGAGGAGAACAACAACCAGACCUUCAUCGACAGCACCAUCGGCAACGGCUCCAUGGCCGACCUGAAGGAGCGGAACGUCACCAUCGGCGAGUACAAGGGCAGCAAGACCAUCUUGAUCAACGGCACCCUCCCCAACGGCACGACGGCCGCGGGCGGCGAGGACGACGAGUCCGGCGCCGUCCGGAUGCUGCAAGCUCUCGGGUACUGGCCGGUUGUCGUCACCGCCGUGGCCGCCGUGCUUGCAGUAUAACGGCCCGCCCUCGCUGCUGGGUUGCGGAAUGAAAGGGAGUUCGGUACCCGUCGGAUGGUACCAUAACUCGCGGAGAUGGAAGGUAAAACGGCUGGUGUGGCGAGUCGUUGUACUCCUAAGCAUGAUACCCAUGAUUCUAGCUUGAUACGUUACGUUACGCCUCUGAUAUCGAGAGCACUUACGCCUCACUGAUUGGCUUUAUCUUCAAAUGUAGUUCAUAAUCCCACAA